AUGGCUCAAAGACCACUUUUGAGAUUCCUUGAGGUGUGUAAAACGUAUGUGGUAGUCAACAAGCCUGCUGGCGUUUUCUCUCAGCUGCCUGACAUUGUCAAAUGGCGUCAAAAUCAUGGUGAUGAGCAUUUACCUUUGCUUAUGGAUCUGGUGCGAUCUUGCGCUCAGGAGAGCGGUUUAGAGAGCAGUGAGUGGCGAACUGUGCACAGACUAGAUACCAAUGUCACUGGAGGACUGCUGAUAGCAAAAGAUAAGAACUCAGCAGCUCAUUUUUCGAAAAACCUAAAAAAAGGCGGUAAUAGUGGUUAUAAGCUUGUAAGAAAGUACGUAGCGCUCAUAGACGGAGCGACUCGAAACCUUCCCACGAAGGGCGUGCUUGAACACAAUGGCAUGAAAAGCUGGUUUCGGAAAAUUGACUCCGGGGCGCUAGUGCUUCAGCUUUGCACUGGGAAAAAACAUCAAAUCCGACUGCAAUUGGCGCGAGGGCUUGGUGUACCAAUCAUGAACGACAUCAAAUACCGUGGUAAGCAAGUUCGGUCAGCAGGACACCAAAUUGGCCUUCACUCGGCUCUCAUUCAGACACAGGUAGGAUUGCAGAAACGAAAGCAUCUGAUCCCAGUCGAUAGUGGGCGUACUUCCCUGUGGGCAAAUUACGUGGAUGAGACCGGCAAUUUCAAACCAGCAGUGCAGCAAAUUCUCUUAGAGGACUGGGAGGUUUCUUAG